AUGGCCAAGCUGUGGCAUGAGGGCCACUCCACACCCAUUUUGUGUGUUUGCGCAUCCCCAGGCACCACAGGACUUGUUGCCUCAGGUUCUGAAGGCGGAGAUGUUGUCAUUUGGAGCCAAGAAGGAUCCGUCGUGGGUCGCCUCAACCUCCGGGGUGAGGACGAUUGCACCAGCGUGGCGUUUUCUCCCUUGGCGUCGGGCCUGCUCUAUGCAUCUCACGGCGACACGGUUAGCACAUUUGACCCUCGGAACCUGAAGGGCGCCUUGGAGGAGUUUGUUGGCGCCGGGGAGGAGGAAAUAAACGCGUUGGCGUUGAACGAGAGUGGUACAACUCUUGCACUGGCUGAUGACUCAGGGGCAGUCCGGAUCCUGGAGCUUCCUGGGGGGAAAGUUUGCAGGACUCUACGAAGACACACAAACAUCUGCUCCUCUGUGGCUUUUCGGCCUCACAGGCCCAACAAUCUGCUGUCUGCUGGACUGGACAUGCAGGUUAUUCUGUGGGGACUGCAGAAGACACGUCCCCUCUGGAACCUCAACCUCCAAGACUUAGCGGAGGAGGUGGGUGACAAACAGCAGCGUCCUGGUCAGCUUUUUAACCCUCCGCUGGCUCACUGUGUCUCCGUGGCCAGCUGUGGAAACAUAGUGGCUUGUGCCGCUGAGGACGGCCGAGUGCACCUCAUGCGGGUGGGCGGCGGCUCUAAACUGGAGAGGCAGGGGGCAUUCAAGGCACAUUGCCAGGGAGCCUCCCAAGCUCAUUUCAUACAGUUUCUCUCACACCCUUACUGGCUGGCCACUGGGGGCAACGAUGGCCAAGUGGAUCUGUGGGACGUUAGCAAACACGACGUGGUGGCACCAGAGGAAAAGGUCAAAGUCAAGGGUGCAGCUGCCUCCUACAGGAAGGGAAAACGAAAGGCCAAGAGAAACGCAGAUGAGGUGCAUGAGAAAGAUGUGGCAGACGCUGAGGUGAUGCCAGAUUCUGGACCCAAAGUGAACAUCAAUCAUGGGGACAAAGUCAACUGGUUGUGUCCUGCUUUGCUCAAAGGAACAGCUAGUCUGAUUGUGGCUGAUCAAAGCUCCAGUCUGACAGUUUAUCCACUGUCUGAGCUGUAA